CCAGGCCUGUGCUUUCUGACUCUCAGCGGGACCCGUCCACGGCCUUCUCCACGUGACCCAAACAGAUCCGGGCAUUUCCGCUUCCCCUCUGCUUUCUUCUCUUAGGUGUCCGCGGCGGGUCCGGAGUUGGGUCCCCGCGGAAGCGGCGUUGGCGGCGUCAUGGCGGAGCUGACGGCUCUGGAGAGUCUCAUCGAGAUGGGCUUCCCCAGGGGACGCGCGGAGAAGGCUCUGGCCCUCACAGGGAACCAGGGCAUCGAGGCCGCGAUGGACUGGUUGAUGGAGCAUGAAGACGACCCCGAUGUGGACGAGCCGCUAGCGACCCCCCUCGGACAUAUCCUAGGACGGGAACCCACCCCCUCCGAGCACGGUGGCCCUGAAGGACCUGGGUCCGCUGCGGAAGAAAGCAAACCCACCUUGAGUGAAGAGGAAAGACAGGAGCAGACGAAGAGGAUGUUGGAGCUGGUGGCCCAGAAACAGCGGGAGCGGGAAGAAAGAGAAGAGCGGGAGGCGCUGGAACGCGAACGGCAGCGCAGGAGACAAGGGCAGGAGCUGUCAGCUGCCAGACAGCGGCUGCAGGAAGACGAGAUGCGCCGGGCCGCCGAGGAGCGGAGGCGGGAAAAGGCUGAAGAGUUAGCAGCCAGGCAAAGAGUCCGAGAAAAGAUUGAAAGAGACAAAGCAGAGAGAGCCAAGAAGUAUGGUGGUGGUGUGGGUUCUCAGCCAUCCCCGCCGACAGAGCCAGGACCUGUGCCCUCCUCUCCCAGCCAGGAGCCUCCCACCAAGAGGGAGUACGACCAAUGUCGCAUACAGGUCAGGCUGCCAGAUGGGACCUCGCUGACCCAGACCUUCCGGGCUCGGGAACAGCUGGCAGCUGUUAGGCUCUAUGUGGAGCUCCACCGUGGGGAGGAACCUGGAGGGGGCCGGGACCCUGUGCAGUUGCUCAGUGGCUUCCCCCGGCGGGCCUUCUCAGAGGCCGACAUGGAGCGGCCCCUGCAGGAGCUGGGACUUGUGCCUUCUGCUGUUCUCAUUGUGGCCAAGAAAUGUCCCAGCUGAGAAGGCUUUCUCCCACCUUACCUGACCUCGUCAUCUUUGAUAAAGCACUGACAUCUCCUUCCUAAUAAACAGACCCUCUGAGUUCUCUA